AUGUCGCUGUUCCGGAAGUUCUUCUAUAAGAAGCCGCCCGAUGGGCUGCUCCUCAUCACAGAUAACAUCUACGUUUUUGAUCAUUGCUUCUCCAUGAAAGAGGUGGAAGGGGACCAUUUCGAAGCUCACAUUAGAGGCAUUGCAGCAGAUCUACUGGAAAAUUUUCGCGACCACUCAUUCAUGAUUUCGAAUUUUGGGACUAAAGAGGAAGAAAGCCCUAUAUACCAUAUUUUGUCUGAGUAUGGUAUGACUGUAUUGGACUACCCUGGCCACUAUGAGGGAUGUCCACUCCUCACCAUGGAAAUGAUCCACUGCAUCUUGAAGUCCAGCGAAAGCUGGCUUUCCUUGGGUCAGCAUAACUUACUGUUAAUGCACUGUGAACGAGGGAGCUGGCCUGUUCUGGCUUUCAUGUUAGCUGCUCUUCUAAUAUACCUGGGGCAUUAUUCCGACGAGCAGAAAACACUGGAUAUGGUCUACAAGCAAUCGUCUUUGGAGCUUUUGGAGAUGUUUUCACCUCUGAAUUCCAUGCCUUCUCAAAUGAGAUAUUUGCGCUAUAUCUCAACGAGGAAUGUCAUGCCUGAAUGGCCUCCAGCUGAUAGAGCCCUCACAUUAGAUUGUGUUAUUUUGAGGAUGGUUCCAAAUUUUCACGGUCAAGGUGGUUUCCGUCCAAUAUUCAGGAUAUACGGCCCGGAUCCACUCAUGCCCCCUGAUCAGACUCCAAAAGUUCUUUUUUCAACUCCAAAGAAAAGCAACCUUGUCCGUUUUUACUCACAGGCAGAUGAACUGGUGAAAAUAGGCCUUCAGUGUCAUGUCCAAGGUGAUGUUGUCCUAGAGUGUAUCAAUUUGUAUGAGGAUCUGGAUCGUGAAGAGAUGGUUUUCCGAAUCAUGUUCAAUACAGCAUUCAUCCGGUCAAACAUCUUGAUGCUUAAUCGUGAUCACAUAGACAUGUUAUGGAAUGCAAAACACCAAUUCCCUAAAGAUUUUCGGUUUGAGGUUAUCUUUUCCGAUAUGGACGCAGUUACUUCACAUGCCACAACAGAGCCUGUUAUUCAUCAAGAGAAACAAGGACUUGGGGUUGAAGAAUUUGCUAAGGUGCUAGAUAUUUUUAACCAUUUGGACUGGUUGGAUGGGAAGAAGGAUACUAUACCUCACACAGACCAGCUAAAAAUCUCAUCCAUUACCGAUGAACCUGAGACUUUCUUUGAUACUCGUGAAGAACUUGAAUCUGAAAGUUUUCCUGGUGAAAUUAGUUCUUCUAGUGUUGUUCUGAAGAUCGGAAAUGAAUUGGGUAUGCUGGUCAGCACUAAACCGAGACAUAUCCCCCAAGAUUCAAGUUCAGCUGAUGUUCAAUCCCAAUCACAAACUACAGUGCCAUCUCGUUCGCGAACGCGACCCACCACAGCAUUGUUAUCACCUUCUAAGGUUAAGAUUUCAAAAACCAGUGCUUCACCAAUGGACCUGUCUUCAAGUACAAUCAUGCCACAACAAUCAUCUUCACCGGUUCAGCCUCGGCGAGCGAUGUCUGACUCUGCAGUCCAAGUAUUAUCAGAGAUAUCAGAAUCAGCAUCAACUGAGAGGUCUGGUUCACAAACUCCAAUUGAACAUGAACCUUCCCCUCUGAUGGAAAACAGACCAGCAUCAACAGCAUCUCUGAUACCUUUGUGCACACCUCCUCCUCUUCCUCCCCCUCCACCCACUGUCUCGUUACUCCCUGUUCCCUAUAAGUUACCCAAAAAUACUAGCACAAGUACCAUCAGCAUUUCCCUUAGAGCAACCGUGCAUUCCUCUCCACCUUCAGAACCAUCAGUCCCUCCUAAAGAUAUUUUGAGAACCGAAGAGCUGGUUAAAUCACAAGAACCUUCCUACGAAACUCGUGGGAAAUUACAAACUGAUAGUGCUACAGGUCCCAAUGAUUUCUUACUGUCACCAGCUGCUUCAUCGUCACUGGAUGAGGAAUUAAGCAAUCCAAGAGCAUCUCUCCUGACGGAUUUGCCUGCAGUACCUCAAAAUCCAGACACUAGGCCCUUUUCAAUUCAAGCGACAAGAUCUGAAACUAUGCCACCACCGCCACCACCACCACCACCUCCGCCUCCACCAAAAUCAGGCAUGAUGUUGUUUCCUUUGACACAUGGUGAAGAGGUAAAAAUCACUAUAGAAAAAGUUGUACCACAUCAGCCUCCACAUCCACCACCCCCACCACCAUCAGCGCCAUUUUCAAGCUCAAAUCCAUAUGCUGUAUCUGUAAUUCCAGAUCCACAAAAGAUAACUCGGUCUCCACCAUUUUCCUCUCCACAGACACAAUCACCACCUCCGCCUUCUCCACUACUUAAUAAACCUGAAGUCUCAUUGUCUCAACCGCAGUUUGUAGAUAACAAGCACAGUGCAACGAUGGAAUAUCCAGACACCCUGUCUUUGACGCCUACAUUUUCAGACAGUGAUACGCGGGUGCAAACACCGCCUGUUCCACCUCCUCCACCUCCUCGAUCACUGCCAGUGCCACCUCCACCACCUCCUCCAUCUCGAACACCGCCUGUUCCACCUCCACCACCUCCUCCAUCUAGAACACCGCCUGUUCCACCUCCACCUCCUUCUCAAACACCACCUGUUCCACCUCCACCACCACCACCACCACCUUCAUCUCAAACACCGCCUGUUCCACCUCCACCUCCUUCUCGAACACCACCUGUUCCACCUCCUCCACCACCUUCAUCUCGAACACCGCCUGUUCCACCUCCACCUCCACCUCCACCUCCACCUCCACCACCACAUUCUUCUCAAACACCUCCUGCUCCACCUCCACCACCUCCCCCUUCACAAAGUUUUCCAUCCUUAAGUAAAAGAAAUCGCGUGGCAGCCCCUCAUCCACCUCCGCCUCCACCACCACUGUCAUCCCGUGUUACUUCUGCACCAUCAGUACCACCUUCACCCCCAUUACCUCCUCCUAAACUUGCUGUGGCCAACAAUGCUUCACAGAAGUCACCAACAAUCCAACCACCUCCACCUCCACCAGGCCCCCAUCAUAAGCUUUCGUCACAUUCUUUACCUACGAAGGGAAGUGCUGCCAAUUCUAACCCUCCCCCACCUCCAGCAUUUUCAUUUGGUGCAAAGGAUCGUAGCACAGCCCGCUCAAAAAGUCCUAGAAGUUUACGUGCCAACCAGGCAUCUAAAAGGACCCCGCUGAAGCCAUUGCACUGGGUGAAAGUGUCAAGAGCAAUACAGGGAAGUUUGUGGGCUGAAACACAGAAGUCUGAUGAAGUAUCUAGGACUCCAGAGAUUGAUAUUUCUGAGCUUGAAAGUCUUUUCUCUGUAACGAUGCCAAAUAUGGAGGCAAAACGGCAACGGCAACACCCUUCUGUUGCAACAAAGCAAGAAAAAGUUCAUCUGAUUGACCUUCAGCGCUCAAAGAAUUGUGAAAUUAUGCUGAGAAACAUUAAGAUGCCACUGCCUGAUCUAAUGGGUUCAGUGCUUGCCCUUGAUGAUUCCAUAGUUGAUGGUGAUCAAGUAGAUUACCUAAUAAAGUUCUGUCCAACUAAGGAAGAAAUGGAACUACUCAAAGGUUAUACAGGCAAAAAGGAGAACCUAGGGAACUGUGAACAGUUUUUCUUGGAGAUGAUGAAAGUACCAAGGGUGGAGUCAAAACUGAGAAUUUUGUCAUUUAAGAUAAAGUUUGUUACACAGGUUGCGGACCUAAAAAGUAAUUUGAAUACCAUCAAUUCGGUUGCUGAAGAGGUUAGGAGCUCUUUGAAACUUAAGCGAGUGAUGCAGACGAUUCUUUCUUUGGGGAACGCAUUAAACCAAGGAACUGCAAGGGGUGCAGCUGUUGGAUUUAGAUUGGAUAGUCUUCUUAAGCUCAGUGAUAUACGGGCACGUAAUAAUAGGAUGACUCUGAUGCAUUAUCUAUGCAAGAUUCUUUCGGACAAGCUUCCUGAAGUUCUUGACUUCAGCAGGGAUCUUGCAAAUUUAGAACCUGCCUCAAAGAUACAACUAAAGGAGUUAGCAGAAGAAAUGCAAGCAAUAACUAAAGGACUGGAAAAAGUGGAGCAGGAACUGGCAACAUCUGAAAAGGAUCCUCCAGAGACAGAGAUAUUUUACAGGAAAUUGAAGUUAUUCCUUGCUGAUGCCCAAGCUGAAGGAAGGUCGUUAGCUUUGCUUUACAGCACUGCGGGGAAAAGUGCCGAUUCUCUAGCACAUUAUUUUGGUGAAGAUCCCGUGCGGUGUCCUUUUGAGCAAGUUGUCUCAACAUUGCUAAGCUUCACGAAGACGUUUGAGCAGGCCCUUGCCGAGAAUGUUAAGCAGUUGGAGCUGGAAAAGAAAAGAGCCCAAACGGAAGCAGAGAAGGAGAAGCCCAAACUAACUGCCCACAAGAAGGGGGAAUCACUGGAGCUUGGAAUUUCGAAAGAGAAGGCCAAACUAACUGCCCACAAGAAGGGGGAAUCGCUGGAGCUUGGAAUUUCAGGCCGGUGA